GUGACGUUGCGUGGCGGCGCAACCGCCAUCUUGUGUUGUUGGGGCUGAGGAGUCGCUGUGGCCGUGAGGGACUCUCCGUCCGGGAGCGCAGGUUCACGCUUUUUAAAAAAGAGGAAUAGAACAGGAAAAAAUGGCAGCAGAAACUCAGACACUUAACUUUGGGCCUGAAUGGCUGCGAGCUUUGUCUAGUGGCGGGAGCGUGACAUCCCCUCCUCUGUCUCCGGCUUUGCCAAAGUACAAACUAGCAGACUAUCGCUAUGGGAGAGAAGAAAUGUUGGCACUUUUUCUAAAGGAUAAUAAGAUACCUUCAGACCUUCUGGAUAAGGAGUUUCUGCCUAUUUUACAAGAGGAGCCCCUGCCACCACUGGCACUUGUACCUUUUACAGAAGAAGAACAGAGAAAUUUCUCGAUGUCUGUAAACAGUGCUGCUGUCCUGCGGUUGACGGGACGUGGAGGAGGAGGAACGGUGGUAGGGGCUCCUCGAGGUCGAAGUUCCUCUAGAGGUCGAGGCAGAGGCCGAGGAGAAAGCGGUUUCUACCAAAGAAGUUUUGAUGAAGUGGAGGGUGGAUUUGGGCGAGGAGGGGGCAGGGAAAUGCACAGAUCACAGAGUUGGGAGGAAAGGGGAGACAGACGCUUUGAAAAACCAGGGCGAAAAGAUCCAGUGAGACCAAACUUUGAGGAAGGUGGGACAGCAACAACGGGGAGGAAGCAUGAGUUUAUACGCUCUGAGAGCGAGAACUGGCGCAUCUUCAGGGAGGAACAAAAUGGGGAAGAUGAUGAUGGAGGCUGGCGACUGGCUGGGUCACGGAGGGAUGGUGAGAGGUGGCGCCCUCACAGUCCAGACGGCCCUCGUUCUGCAGGCUGGCGAGAACACAUGGAGCGGCGGCGGAGGUUUGAAUUUGAUUUCCGGGAACGAGAUGAUGAACGGGGUUAUCGACGAGUACGGUGUGGAAGUGGCAGCAUGGAUGACGACAGGGACAGUCUCCCUGAGUGGUGCUUAGAAGAUGCAGAAGAAGAAAUGGGAACAUUUGACUCCUCUGGAGCAUUUCUCUCUCUAAAGAAGGUGCAGAAGGAGCCAAUCCCUGAGGAACAGGAGAUGGACUUCCGACCUGUGGAGGAGGGGGAAGAAAGAUCUGACUCUGAAGGGAGCCACAAUGAAGAAGCCAAAGAUCAUGAAAAGACCACCAAGAAAGAAGGGGAGAAAACAGACAGAGUAGUAGCAGAACCAUGCAAUGUUACAGAAGCAGCGGAAGAAGCAGGCCAAACAUCUUCACCGGCUGCCAGGUCAGAUACCCCACCGAAAUCCCAGCCUCCAGACCCACUGCAGACGAGCCUUUUUGAAAGGAAGGAAGAGUCUGUGCCAGAAAGAACAGAAAAAACAGAAGAUAAAGAGAAUCGAACAGAGAAUACACCGCCAGCCAAAAUGUCCAACAGAGAAGAUUUGGCUUCUGUCGCUCAACCUUUGCCACAGAUUUCUGCAGACACAGCUUCUCCUGCUCAUCUUUCUCCUCCUGUUUCCAAUUCAAAUCCUGCUCUGCGGCCAGUUCAGACACCUGUCACAGCUGCUCCAGGCAUGGGCAACAUUCCUGCUGACCCAGAUGAUGAAGAGGGCCUUAAGCACCUAGAGCAGCAAGCAGAGAAAAUGGUGGCCUACCUACAGGACAGUGCCCUUGAUGAUGAAAGACUAGCAGCAAAAAUUCAAGAGCACAGAGCAAAGGGUUCCUCCAUGCCGUUGUUCCAUGAAGCCAUGCAGAAGUGGUACUACAAAGAUCCACAAGGAGAAAUUCAGGGUCCUUUCAGUAAUCAGGAGAUGGCAGAGUGGUUCCAGGCUGGAUACUUCACUAUGUCGCUGUUGGUUAAGAGAGCUUGUGAUGAGACUUUCCAGCCGCUUGGAGACAUCAUGAAAAUGUGGGGCAGGGUUCCCUUCACCCCAGGUCCAGCACCGCUUCCACAUCUGGGCGAGCUGGACCAAGAGCGGCUGACUAGACAACAAGAAUUGGCCCUGAUCCAAAUGCAGCACCUCCAGUAUCAGCAUCUCUUAAUACAACAACAAUAUGCACAGGUGCUGGCUCAGCAGCAAAAGGCAGCCCUCUCAUCCCAGCAGCAGCAGCAGCUCGCUAUUCUCUUGCAACAGUUCCAGGCCCUGAAGAUGAGAAUUUCUGAACAGAACAUGAUGCCACCUGUUACAAGGUCUGUGUCAGUGCCGGACACUGGCUCAAUAUGGGAACUUCAAUCAGCUUCACAACCUACAGUCUGGGAAGGAAGCAGUGUCUGGGAUCUCCCCAUUGAUACUGCAGCUCAGGGACCAGCUCUAGAACAACUUCAGCAGCUCGAGAAGGCCAAAGCUGCAAAGCUAGAGCAAGAGAGGAGAGAAGUGGAAAUGAGGGCCAAACGAGAGGAAGAGGAGAGGAAAAGGCAGGAGGAGCUUCGGAGGCAACAAGAAGAGCUACUUAGGAGGCAGCAGGAAGAUGAGAGGAAACGACGGGAAGAAGAAGAACUGGCCCGCAGGAAGCAAGAGAUGACAGUGAGAGCUGAGAGGGGUGAAGCAGUAGACUUAAUCUGCCUGGACUUCAGGAAGGCUUUUGAUGUAAUACUGCAUAAAAGACUAGUAUAUAAGGAGGAAGCCCUGAGGCGACAACGAGAGCAGGAAAUUGCACUAAGGCGGCAGCGGGAGGAAGAGGAACGGCAACAACAGGAGGAAGCACUUAGAAGAUUAGAAGAGAGAAGAAGAGAAGAGGAGGAAAGACGGCAGCGAGAGGAGUUAAUUCGUAAACAGGAAGAGGAGGCUGCCAAGUGGGCACGUGAAGAGGAGGAAGCUCAACGGCGACUUGAAGAAAGUCGGCUACGCAUGGAAGAGGAGGCAGCCAGACAGCGGCUCGAAGAAGAAGAGCGAAAGCGCAAGGAGCUGGAACUCCAGCGCCAGAAAGAAAUAAUGAGACAGAGGCAGCAGCAGCAGGAGGCUUUACGACGGCUGCAACAGCAGCAGCAACAGCAGCAACUUGCACAAAUGAAGCUCCCUUCAUCUUCAACAUGGGGUCAGCAAUCAAAUUCAGGAGCUUGCCAAUCCCAGACCACACUGUCAUUGGCAGAAAUCCAAAAGUUAGAAGAAGAACGGGAACGGCAGCUUCGAGAAGAGCAAAGGCGUCAGCAGCGUGAACUAAUGAAGGCCCUCCAGCAACAGCAGCAGCAACAGCAGCAAAAAUUGUCAGGCUGGGGUAACGUCACCAAACCAACAGGCACCACCAAGUCCCUGCUGGAGAUACAGCAGGAAGAGGCAAGGCAGAUGCAGAAACAGCAGCAACAGCAGCACCAGCAGCCGAACAGAGUCAGAAAUACUACGCACUCUAACCUGCACACCAGCAUUGGGAAUUCAGUGUGGGGCUCCCUAAACACUAAUCCCAGCAACCAGUGGGCAUCUGAUCUAGUCAGUAGCAUCUGGAGUAAUGCUGAUACCAAAAACUCAAACAUGGGUUUCUGGGAUGAUGCAGUGAAAGAAGUGGGACCUCGUAACUCGACCAAUAAAAACAAAAGCAAUGCCAGCCUCAGUAAAUCUGUAGGUAUUACAAGUAGACAAAACAAGAAGGUAGAAGAAGAGGAGAAGCUGUUGAAAUUGUUCCAGGGAGUUAACAAAGCCCAGGAUGGAUUUACUCAGUGGUGUGAACAGAUGCUUCAUGCACUCAACACAGCCAACAACUUAGAUGUUCCCACGUUUGUUUCUUUCCUGAAGGAAGUGGAGUCUCCCUAUGAGGUCCAUGAUUAUAUCAGAGCCUAUCUCGGAGACACUCCUGAGGCCAAGGAGUUUGCCAAGCAGUUUCUUGAGCGCCGUGCCAAACAGAAAGCCAGUCAGCAGCGGCAACAGCAGCAGCAACAGGAUUCAGUGUGGGGCAUGAACCACAGUUCGCUACAUUCGGUCUUUCAGACCAAUCAGAGCAACAACCAGCAAUCCAAUUUUGAGGCUGUGCAGAGCGGGAAGAAAAAGAAGAAACAGAAAAUGGUUCGUGCAGAUCCCAGCUUGUUAGGGUUUUCAGUGAAUGCUUCAUCAGAGCGGCUCAAUAUGGGAGAAAUAGAGACUCUGGAAGACUACUGAGCAUGUGCAAAUUAGCUGGCUUUUCCUGCAUCUGUUAACCAUGGAUUCUCCGUUUUGGACACAGUACUCUCCACCGUGCGUUCUUCUUCGCCUCGCAGUGAAUCACAGAAUCAAAUCAUCUCAGGCUACUUCCUCUAGCCCCAGCAAACCCUUUCUGCCCAGGACUGCACAGGCGUUGUUCCUACUGUCAGCCUACAGUCGAGUGGACUUUUGUUCAGAGUCCUGGGAGGGUGGGAGAUAGGAUUCGUUCACAACGAGGCUGAUUUGGGCAGCAAGCUUUCACUGUGCUGUGAUUUCUUCUGCUGACAUACCUGGAAAAAAAAAAUUCAAUUGGGAUUCUGCAAACCAUUGCUUCCCUCUCCUGGUUACUCUUACCACAUCCAACACGUGCAGUCGUGGAGAGAGAGAGAGAGAGAGAGAGUGUUUGUGGUUAACAGAUGUUGGUCAACACCAAAAUGCCACACAGAUACUGACUUCCACGCUCCAUCAGGGCAAGAGGUGCUCUCCCAAGCCAGGAGUUGCAUUCAUAAGCUAACCUUAGAACUGGCAACAGCAGGAGAGGGGCGGUGGCGGGCGCAGUUUAGCUUGGGUUGGUUUGAAGUUGCACACCCCCUGCCAGCCCUUCUCAGCACAUUAUUUUUGGAGGGAAAGCUCGAGUCUGUCUUCGUUAGGUGGUGAUGCUGAAGCUGGUGGAGUUCCCCGUCGGCAUACUCCAGCCUUCCUGGACAAGUGGGGACUUCUGCUCUGGGGAAAAAAGGGGGGUGGCAUCUCUUCUUUCAGGUUGAAUUAAUCCCUUAAAUGCUACCUUCGGAGGGUUAGGACCAGUUUAUUUUGAGCUCUUUUCCUGCAAAUUUGUCUCGUUUAAGAGACAGUAGGAUCUUUACCGUGUGGAUCUUUAGUCUUUGGUGAGGGUGAACACUGGCUUUCAGAUAUAUACCCUGGCAGUCUUAGCUAGUUGUCAUUUCAAGCAGUGCUUAGGUUAACGAGCAGAGAUGCCCUUUUGUCAUGAAGAGAGACUGUGGAGGGCGAAGCUAUGUGCAAUGACGGCCCUGCUUAUCUUCUACACCUUAAAGUAUUUCACACACCGUCACUGGGAUCCGUAAUCUUUAAGUAUUUAUGGAAUCAUAACCUUCCUUCCUCACCGAAAGAUUAACACCACCUUCCCUUCUCCGCCCACCCACACGCGCACACCACAAAAGAAAGAAAACAAAAACUGCCAAA